UCAUCCUAACUCCUCUCUCUCUCUCUCUCUCUCUCUGAUCUAUAAUGGGAAAUGCAGUGUCUCAAUGUUUCAGAGGAAACCCUAGCUCCCCCGUGAAGCUAAUCUUCUGGGAGGGAACAACAAGAAUCCUCAGGGGAAAACAUAUAGCAGGGGAGAUCAUGUUCGAGUUCCCAGACAAAAUGGUCUGUCAUUCGGACUCAUUCUUUAUCGGACACCGGGUCCCUGCCUUAGCCAUAGACGAUGAGCUUCAGAGUGGCCAAACCUAUUUGGUACUUCCCAUUGAUACCUUUGCAUGCGAUCAUGUCAUCUCAGCUUCUUCUCUUGCAGCCUUAGGGUCAAGCCCUAAAAAUUCUCCCAUCAAUUUUGGGGACUGCCAGCGGCCUUUCGAGUACUUAAAGGGUGCGGAUGGAAGAGUUUUGAUUAAGGUCGUACCGGAGUUCAUAACAAGGCUUAUAACAAGAGGUAAGGAUGUUGGAUCAUCGAAUAUUAGUACUAGUCCUAGUAAUAAUUAUAUUCUUUGUAGCACGCCAGAGUUGCAGAAGCACUAUGAACAGCUUGUUGGGACGUCCAAGGAACAAGUAUGGUCACCAAAGCUUGAAACCAUUGCAGAGCACAAGAAUAUUAGGUUCUCACCUUGCAGAUUUAUAGGGUUGGAGUGGAAACAGAAAGAGAUCAAUGAAAACUAGUAAAAGUAAUUUCUAUAUAUCUAGAGUUUGUGUCAAUGGUGGAAGAAGAUACAGCUAGCAAGCAUGUGUAAAACAUAUAUAAUGAUCAUAGAUUUUUUUAUUUUACGAUUAAUUUUCUAAGUACUCUUUGUUGUAAUAGUGAUAUCAGGUUCAUUGUCGAAAGAUUCCCCUGAUCAUGGUUGCAGCAUGCAAAUGGUUUCAUACAGAUACAU